AUGAACUCUCUUGAUCCCAAUUUACUCACUCAAACUCUCCAUAAUUUUUUCACUCAUAACGCUCAUUUAUUACCCAAUUAUAUCCCAGACUCAAGAAAAAAAUAUUUGAGUUCUUAUCGGGUGGACAAAAAUGGGACUGCUUAUUGGAAAUUUAGAGAAGUUGAGCGAGAUGAGGAACCGGAGCCCCAACUCAAUCCGAGCCUUUCUGAAGCAACAGUUAAGACUAAUCCGGUCCCUACUCCCCCCAAUCUCAACCCGCAACCCUUAAAUACUAAUCCUAUUCAGUCGUUUAUCCCUGACCCCACUAAUUUGGAUCCGCAAAUACCACCAUUAACCAUUCCGACCACUCUCCCACAGUUAGCCAGUAAUUUAAAAACUUUGGCCCCAACCAAUAAUGAAACGACUCAACUAAUCACUUACACCCUAAUUGCCACGGCAGUAAGAUUGAAAACUGCUUUUGAGACUAAAUCAGCAGAAUAUAAAGCCCUGUUACAGGAGCAUUUGACCAGAAGUAAAAAACAUUAUCAAUCAGUUUUUGAUAAAGAAUUUCAUUUAGAUAAAAAAACUAAAGGUGCCUUUGCCGAUUUUAUCAAAAAAGCCAAAAAACGCAAAUUUGAUCCCAGCAAACACAGCGGCACCAUUAUCUGUGGACCGGAAGAAUUUACUGCUACUAAAAAAAAGUCCCCUAAGUCGAAAAACCUUUUUGGAGCAGGUGAAUAUCGUUCAGGGAGCAUUAAGUUUGGCGGCUUCUGCCCUAGUUAUAAUUGGUAUGGAAAAACUAAUCUAAGUUUUGAUAAAGUUGGAAUUAUUGACUGGCCGAAAUACGACUUCCCUCAGUUUGUCAAUACUAUGGCUCAUGAAAUAACUCAUUGCUUAUUAGCCGAUUACGACCCUAGAGAAGCGGGCGAGCAUGACAAACAACAAAAAUUAACUGGAUUAUUCUUACAUAAAGAUGUGGAUUAUCGCACUUUAUUAGCCGAUAUGUCUAAUCAAUAUGGUGAGGAAAAUUUACCCGACCAAGAAUAUUUGGUUGAAGAAAUUGCCCUCGAAUAUUGUCGAAUGGUUGUCAAAUCUUUGAUUGAAAGCCAAUGA